CCUGAAUUGAUUUGACGAGUAAAUAACAAAAUAUGUCUGCAGCACUAUAUCGGGCUCUAAUUACUUUUGGUGAUCGCCACGUACCUCCUAAGUUUGUGCCAUUGUGGAACCAUCCAGCAGGACCAAAGACUGUGCAUUUUUGGGCCCCACUGAUCAAAUGGGUGCUUGUUAUUGCUGGAAUGGGCGAUAUUGCCAGACCUGCAGAGAAUCUCAGUAUGUACCAGUCUACAGCUUUGGCAGCUACAGGAACAAUAUGGGCUCGGUAUUCCUUGGUGAUUAUUCCGAAAAACUACAGCUUGUUCUUUGUUAAUGUGUUUGUAGGCUCCACAGGGUUUUUGCAGCUCUCAAGAAUCAUUGCAUAUCGCAGGAGUCUGAAAGAAAAGCAAAAAGCCUUGCCAUCUCCUGAAACACCUGCAAAAGCCUCAUAAAAAAAUAAAAAAAGAGUUGAAUUAAAGAGACUGUCCUCACUUUGCUGCCAUUGUUAACAUGUUUCUAACAGUCUUUUAAAAACAAUUAUUUAAAAAUUACAUGUUAAAUACCUUUUCUUGUUUAGAAUAUCAGUGUCUGUAUAUUCACCAUAUUUCCAAUGGUCCUAAUAUGUUGUUGCUCAAACGAGGGCUUCUAGAAUUUUUACAAAAAUCCACUAGCAAUGGGAUCAGUGAUUUUAAAAAGUUACUAGCCACGAUUAAAAAUUAACUAGCCCUACUUCACCUUUAGUUAAUACAAUUUUACUAAAUAA